GUAGUAGAAGUCUUUUAUUGAGAGAGAGAGAGAGAGAGAGAGAGUCAGCUUCUUCUCAAAUGGCUACAGUUUGUGAAGUCGCUCCACACCAUCAAGAAGCUAAUUUUUCUCAGCUCAAAAUAGCAAGUGUUAAGGCUCUAGCUGAAUCUUCCAUCCUCACUUCCAUCCCCUCCCACUAUGCUUUCACCACCUCCACUUCCGGUGAUCAUGUCGUUCAUCCUGUCCAUGAUGACUCCAUCCCCGUCAUCGACUUCUCUCUCCUCUCCUCAGGUAAUCCCGAUCAACGGGCUAAAGUCGUCUCGGAUCUUGCAAAGGCUUGUCAAGACUGGGGCUUCUUCAUGGUGAUUAACCACGGAGUCCCUGAGAGCCAAAUGAAGGCGAUGUUCGACAUGCUGACAAGAUUCUUCGAUCUGACAGAGGAGGAGAAGAGGGAGUUUGAAGGGAAGCACGUGUUGGACCCCAUAAGAUGCGGGACGAGCUUCAAUGCUUCGGUCGACAAGGUGUUUUUCUGGAGAGAUUAUCUGAAGGUGAGGGUGCAUCCAAAGUUUUACUGCCCUACCAAACCAGAAGGCUUCAGUGAAGUUUUAGCAGAAUACUCUGGGGCGGUCCAAAAAUUUGUUAGGGGACUGCGCAAGGGUAUAUCGGAAAGCCUAGGACUUGAACCAGGCUAUAUCGACGAGGCAAUGAACAUGGAUUCGAGCCUACAGAUAUUAACAGCAAAUCUGUAUCCGCCAUGCCCGCAGCCAGAACUCGCCAUGGGCAUGCCACCACACUCAGACCACGGCCUGUUGACCAUCCUCACGCAGAAUGGAAUUGGUGGCCUCCAAGUGCACCAUGGCGGGAAGUGGGUCAAAAUUGAUCCCAUUCCAAAUGCCUUUUUGGUCAACACCGGUGAUCACCUAGAGAUUUUGAGCAAUGGGAUAUACAAGAGCGUUCUGCAUCGAGCUGUCGUGAACAAUAAGGCUACAAGGAUAUCGAUCGUUCUAUCUAAUGGACCAUCGCCUGACACUGUCGUCAUGCCAGCAGAGCAGCUGGUGCAUGGUGAGAACAACCGAGCCAUGUACAUUGGGAUGAAAUACAAGGACUAUCUGGAACUUCAACAGAGCAGCGUACUCGAUGGGAAAUCGGGCCUGGAUCGAGUAAAGAUAUGAUUUUGCGCAGCCUGAACUGUUAUACUGUAUUAUGUAAAAAAUAGAUGUGUGAUUGUGUUCUGCAUCUAGAUCGUUUGGACAAUUUGGAUUGCAACCUUGUGGAACAUUUAAUAUUAUGGGAUUCAAGGUGCAAGAACCAUAUAGCACUGAUGUAUGUAAGCUGGUCCUUUCUGUGAUGUAUCUUCUCGACAUAAUAAAUGGAGUAAGAACUUUGUAAUGUA